GAGGUCUCAAGGUUGGCAAGCUUCAGCACGGGCAGCUAAAAGGAGGACCUUCGGAGCUGCUCAUGUGUUGAUUCAUUCCAGUCUGUCACAGCACAGUGCAUGCAAACAUUCUGCAAACAUGGCCACCAAAAUCCAGAGACUGACCGAGGAGGAGAGAGCUCAUCUUCUUCCGCUGCUGCAGAACGCCCAAUGGGUGGAGGUGGUGGGACGGGACGCCAUCUACAAAGAGUUUGUCUUUAAAGAUUUUAAUCAGGCUUUUGGGUUCAUGUCCAGAGUGGCACUGCAAGCGGAGAAGAUGGACCAUCAUCCUGAGUGGUUCAACGUUUACAAUAAGGUCCAGAUCACCCUGAGCACACACGACUGUGGAGGUUUGUCCCAGCGUGACAUCACGUUGGCCACUUUCAUCGACCAAGCCUCUCUGAUGUGACAAGAUGGAGCAUCUCGACAUUAUUGAUAUCACAAUAAUGUGUCUCACGGAUCAUCAAAGAUCACUUACUGCCUGUCUGGAGAAGGUCAAAUGUACAUUUGAAAUGUUUGUUGAUGACGUUUUUUUUAAAAUUAGAAAUCCACUGUUUUUUAACGUUCUACAAUAUAUAUGUCAAAAUAGUUGAGGUUUGAGUCAUAUUAUCAGGGAUCGCUUCAGUGUUGCCAGAUGGGGAUUACCAUACCGUACAGAGCUGAUUUGACGUUAGUCUUACGGUAAAACAUGACCACAGACUGUGUACAGGAGAAAUGUCCAAAGUGGGGCUCGAGGGACAUUUUGACCAGCAACUAGUUUUUUUUAUUGGCCCAAGACAUGCUCUGAAAAUUAAAUGAAUUAAUUAUUAUUCAGGAAUAUUAGAUAUAACUAUUUACUUUGUCACCUAUAACAUAAAAACUAAGAUAUAUAUUAUUUAUCCACACAGUUUAAAUUUAGCAUGUACUGAUUUAGUUUUAGCAUAUUUAAUGUACAGAUAGUAUCAAAGUGGCCACCUGCAUUCUGUCAUACUAUUUACCCCUGGUAUAUGGCAUAUCUUAUAAUGCAGUUUUACCCAUAAGUAAAGUAACAGAACUGUUGGAAAACAACUGUCACCGGCAGAACAGCGCCAUCAUCUGACUGUAAAGUCAUGUGAGAGGAUGCACAUCAUCAGGUGCAUUGUAUGAUGUGUCCUGUUUGUGUUUGCCAAUAACCAUGGAUUGAAGUGGUUCAAUUAUCCUACCAAUUUUGAAAUCAUUGAUCGCAGAGGCUGAAACUUACGGACAAAUAAUUAUCGUAUGUUCGGUAACGCUGGAUUGUUUUGUCAUCUGGUUAUGUUGCGUAGAUAUUUCCACAUUGAUGGCUUAGAAAAAUACCAUCAAUACCAUUUUGUGUUGGGUUUUAUUGCAAAAUGUUGGUCAUCAAAUAAAUAAAUGUUUGAACUGAAACAUGAGCCCAAAAUCAGAGUGUAUGUAUUUUAU